AUGAGUGGGCAUGUGAAAAAACGGUGCUUUACACGCAAACAUAGGGUGACUUACCCUAUUUCUUUAUUUGCAGAAAACUUCGUUUAUGCCCAUCCGGAUGACAUUAAAGAAUGGACCGAGGACAUGCGGGACUGGCCUGAAAUUAGGGGACCAGAUAUAGUGUAUUAUUUACUGCAUUCGAAGGCCUGCGACCUGCAAGAAGUACGAUGUUACAAGUCCUUGCAGUCAUACAACUAUCUGCAGUCAGGCUGGGUCGGCAAAGUUCUCCUGCACAAGGUGAAUGAAGACAUUGUGCUUUUAAAGGCAGAUGUCACGCCUUCACAAGCUAUAAAUAGCAAGCCUCAUCGUGUGUGGGUGUCCGCAAAGAAGCAAGGUGAAGUUUUACGUGCAGGCUGCACCUGCAUGGCUGGACAAGCCAGAGUUUGUAGCCAUGUAGGCGCCGUACUCUGGAAAAUAGACUGUGCUGUUUCCCGUGGCAUGACUGGAAAGACUUGUACCGACGAAGCUGCAAAAUGGAACAAGGGUACAACUCGAAACGUCCAGCCCUCUGAAAUUGAGGCAAUCAACUUCAAGCUUCAAAAAAGAACUGUUGACCCAGCUGUACAGCGUCCAGCACGAAAUGUGCAAGUGCUGCUUUCUGAAGCUGAAAUCAAGAAGUUGCGUGAUAACUCCGGUUACCCUGAGCUGUUCAAUAUACCAGGAACACUGUUGCACACAACGUUUACAGCAGUACCCCGCCUGGCUGCACCAAUAGCUGACCAUGAUGACUUGCAGCACUGUGCCCAGGACUACAUCAGUACACUGCCCACGAGCUGUGACCGGCAGCUGACGCACUCCUAG